AGGCUCACGUGCGGCUUCCGAUCCCAGCGGGCGGCGGCGGCUGCGGGAAUCCCUCGGCCCACGAACCGGACCCAGGCCGUGCGGUGCUUCCCCGAGAUCGGGAGCAGGGCGGAGGACAGGGAUCCGCGGGGGCGUGCGGCCGAGGACCGGAGGAGCCUUCGGGGGUGCGCCUCGGUCGAGGUUGGGGCUUUAGCGAUAAUAAAUGAUAGAAGAUACAAUGACUUUGCUGUCUCUGCUGGGUCGCAUCAUGCGUUACUUCUUGCUGAGACCGGAGACUCUUUUCCUGCUCUGCAUCAGCCUGGCCCUGUGGAGUUACUUCUUCCACACGGACGAGGUGAAGACCAUCGUCAAGUCGAGCCGGGACGCCGUGAAGAUGGUGAAGGGCAAGGUGGCCGAGAUCAUGCAGAAUGACCGGCUCGGGGGGCUGGACGUGCUCGAGGCUGAGUUCUCCAAGACCUGGGAAUUCAAGAGCCACAACGUGGCGGUCUACUCCAUCCAGGGCCGGAGGGACCACAUGGAGGAUCGCUUCGAAGUUCUCACUGACCUGGUCAACAAGACCCACCCGUCCAUCUUCGGCAUCUUCGACGGGCACGGCGGUGAGUCAGCUGCUGAAUAUGUGAAAUCCCGCCUGCCGGAGGUCCUGAAACAGCAUCUGCAGGACUAUGAAAAGGACAAAGAGAACAGUGUGCUCUCCUACCAGGCCAUCCUGGAGCAGCAGAUUCUGUCCAUCGACCGAGAGAUGCUAGAAAAAUUGACCGUCUCCUAUGACGAAGCAGGUACAACGUGUCUGAUCGCGCUCUUGUCAGACAAAGAUCUCACUGUGGCCAAUGUUGGAGACUCCAGAGGGGUCCUCUGUGACAAGGAUGGGAACGCCAUUCCCCUGUCUCACGAUCACAAGCCUUAUCAGCUAAAGGAAAGGAAGAGGAUUAAGAGAGCUGGUGGCUUCAUCAGCUUCAAUGGCUCCUGGAGGGUCCAGGGAAUCCUGGCCAUGUCCCGAUCCUUGGGUGACUACCCGCUGAAAAACCUGAAUGUCGUCAUCCCCGACCCUGACAUCCUGACCUUUGACCUGGACAAGCUCCAGCCCGAGUUCAUGAUCUUGGCGUCGGACGGCCUCUGGGACGCCUUCAGCAACGAGGAGGCGGUCCGGUUCAUCAAGGAGCGCUUGGACGAGCCCCACUUUGGGGCAAAGAGCAUCGUGUUACAGUCCUUCUAUCGAGGCUGCCCCGACAACAUCACCGUCAUGGUGGUGAAGUUCAGGAACAGCAGCAAAACGGAGGACCAGUGAAUGCGCCCAGCGGGUCUGCACCCCUCUAGACUGAAGGACUUCCAACAAAUCGCUUUACUUUGAUGUAGUAGAAAAGUAGCAGAACUCCUUGGAAUUGUGCCCAGAAGAUCCAGGACAGCCCCCUUCUCCGGUGCUCCUCCGUCUGCAUCCCGCUGUGUAAGGGUGGAGAGCAUUGGCCAUCAGAACCAGGGGGCUGGACCAGCAGCUUCUUCCCAACUCCUUCCCCGCCUUCCUUUGCCAGGUUUCUAAUAUCUAUCUAUCAGCAUAUAUGUAUAUCUAUGGAGGUGGGUGGCAUGUGUAGGCAUCUGCUGCCCGUUUUCAAUUUUAAGGUUUAUUUUUAAUCCCCUUCAAAAUUUCUUUAGAUUUCAGACUUCUUAAAUGUGCGUUGGAGCAGUUAGCUUGGGCAGGUAGGAAAGCCCACCCAGCCAAACACUCCCGAGGGCUAGAUGUGGCAAUGGAUUUUGUGCAAGAUAUGACAGUCUUGGGAAAGGACUCGGCCUCCAACCUCCGGGGCUGUUUUUCUGUUCCCUGGCUGUCUGGGGAGUGAUUUUAAGUGGUGUUAGGAGCAGCUGCCUCUUUUUGUUAUUUAUUUGUUUUCUGGGGACUUUGGGGAGCCAAUGUGGGGGUGGCAUGGGGGAGGUCUCAGAGUCCAGUGGUGGCCCCUGACUCAGAGAGGCCCCUUAGUUUGCAUCUUCUAGCAAACCCUGCACAUCAUCGGACUGCUUCCAUGCCUUUGUCUGCAUCUCACCGGGGUUCUGUAGCUCUGCUCCCCCGCCCCAUUUACUCUCAGCAACUGAAAACCGUCCAGCUCUCCCCAAACCAGCCACGUUGGUGUGUUGACUUGGGUCAUCAAGAAACCAGACUGUCCGGGAGAGCCAAGCCCAUCAUCAUUGGACGCCCUUGACCUCCUUCUCUUGAUGUUCUCAUGAAAGCGUUUUCCCCUGUCACAGAAGGGUGGGUGGGGCCUCUGCAGAAGCUCUGUGCUUGUAUCAGACCUGAGACAAAGGAGGCAUUGGCUGGAAAGGUUCCAAGCUCCAAGUUAGUUCCCACUGCUUCUUCAGAGGCAGGUGGUUUUUUUUUUUUAAAUCUUAGUAGCUUUUGAGGACUGAUAUGAAAUGUUUAUCAUGCUGAGCUCAUGUUUCUAAUGUCGGAGAAGGUCCCAGCCACCUUGGCCCAGAGUCGAAUUGGACCCAAGCCAAAAGCUGGUUAGUUCUCUUUCAUUUUGGCUCAAACUGAAUGCCUAUCCCCUUCCUCCUCGUCCUCCAGGAUCAUGUGGAACCUGUGACUGCUGGCUGGGACUUGGGUCAUUGUGGUCACUUUCCCUGAGGCCUGCCAUGGACUGACAUCACUUCCCAUUCCAUCAAACCUGUCACAUACCCAGGCAGGCUGUGGAAGUAACUCAGGUAGCAGACGGAGGCAUAUCGGUUAGUUUGGCUUCAUCAGGUCUCCUUCGCAUGACUGAGCAGAGACAGAAAGAGCAGGGCCAAGUCUGAGGUUCCCUGAGGGCCAAGGUAUCGAAUCUCAGCAGGGGAGGCUCUAUGGGGCAUCCGUGGCUAGCCCGGCUUGGUUCUCCAGGCUUUGUGAUCAGCUAGCCGAGUCUCGUGGCUGCUCUCAUCACUUGCCCACAGCUCUUUGUGUCAGGUGACCGAGGGCUUUGUUUCUUUGGAGGGUGCUCACCCUUUAUCCCGUUCCUCGGUGUCCCUUGGUGCCCACGUUAUCCCCCUGAGUUUCCAUGGUAGUAAAAGAGGACUAAUUCUCCGCAGCUACCAGUAGAGAAAUAAGGGAAGCCAGUGAUGUAUGAUAACCUCGCAAGGUAGAACAAGAAACAAUGGACGGAGAGGCAGAUCUAGGCUUGGUGAGAGGGGAAAGCCCUUCCUAACAGUGAGACCUAUCCAUAAGUGGAAUGAGGUGCCUAGGGUGGUCAGAGGCACUCAGAUUUGGAGGUCUGUCCCUCUCAUGCUACCGAGAAGGGAACUGGGGUUAAGUAAUUUGCCCAAGGUCACGCAAGUGGUUGGUGUCAGGGGCAGAAUGUGAACUUGGGGCUCUUGUCUCCAAAUCCUGCAGUCCCCCACUUCUGGAGCUCUACAGUGCGCUAUCAAAGAUGUAAGAAGGGAGAACCCUGAGCACAAAGUAAAACCCAAGCCGGACAUUGAAGGAAAAUAAAGAUUUGGAGAGGCAGAUGAGGUAGAAUGGAAGAGCUGUUGGAGACCUCUUAAGCAUUUCCUGGCUCCUUGCUGCUCCUUUGGGAAUCUCUCCUAGAAACGUAGCAUCAAACGAAGAGUCCCCUUUCCUGCCCUCCUAGGUGUGUGAGUGCUGCGGGGAGAAGUGAGGGAAUCCGGUCCUUAGGCUCCCUGGGGGGACCUCACAUCAGCCCCAUUGCCAAAAACCUGUGAGGACACAGCGCUGCCUCUCCAAAGAGCCUUCGAGCUCUGCCAGAGGUGAACUGCUGUCCAUGGUCCUCAUCUGUGCCAAAUUCCAGCAUGGUUUCCAGUUUGUCCCCAGAAGCUGAGAAUGGCCACAGUCCCUGGACUUUAGAAAGCACAGGUGAUGGGGCAGCUAGGUGGUGCAGUGGAUAAAGCACCAGCUCUGGAUUCAGGAGGACCUGAGUUCAAAUCUGGCCUCAGACACUUGACACUUACUAGCUGUGUGACCCUGGACAAGUCACUUAACUCUCAUUGCCCCGCAAAACAAAACAAAAACAAAACCCAAAAAGUCCAGGUGAGAAAUCAAGCCCAGGAAACCUGCUUUCCUGCUGCAGCCCCGUGUAAGUGACACUCCUAAAAGGUGGGGUUUGGGUUCUGAUGCUGCUUGGUACUGGUCCUGUGUCCCAAUCCAUCAGUCGAGGGGAGAGCCUCUCUGGGUGAUGCCACAAGAAGAGAAUUAAACUUUUGGUGUGGCCAGUCUGAUUGGGAUCAUAGGUUAAAGCCAGAUGGACCCUUCAAAGCCAUCUGGUCAAGUCCCCUUCUCUCCCCAUUGAGGAGAUUGAGGUUGGGAGAGUUUAGGGACUGGCCCAAGGUCACUCAGCUAGCAAAUUUUCAGAGACAGAAUUUGAACCCAGAUCUUCUCGCACUUUCCACUGUAUCCUCUUGCCUCUCCAACAGACAGAACCCACAGUGGCAUGAGCAGGCACCACAUGGAUGGGUACCAAAGGCACACUUUGUAGGGAUCCAAAGAUCACCUGCCAGUCAUGGCUAUGAAGAGGAAUUCUUGUCAGGGAGAGGAUCUCCCAGAGCAUUAUAUAGAACAACUGCUUAUCUAAGGUGUUACUGUGGCCUUCGAGAGGCUAGCCCAUUUCAAACAUCUCACUGAAUUUGUGGGAACUGUAAAUGGCAUCCAUCUGCUCUGUGUGUAUCUCCCCACAUUCGGCCCCCACAGACUCAACAGUCGAUCUAGUUCUUUUCUAGAAAUAAGCAUAUGGACACCCAUUGAUGCAUCUGAGAAUGGAUAUCAUGCAGACCCUUCUGGGGUCCUUGAUGUAAAUGAAAGAUGCCCACAGGUCAUGGUCAGUUUGUUCUUUGCCCCCCACCCCCAAUAUUUGUCCAAAGGAGAAAUGCUCCCUCCCCUAGUGGUCACUUUGGAGAAUUUAGCAGUUCUUUGAUCAUGUAGAGAGAGCAAAAAAUGGCCUCAGAGGUUAUCAAACCCAUAAAGUAUAAUAGAUUUAGAGCCAGAAGGGACCUUCAUGUUCAUCUUGUCCAACCCCUCAUCUUAGAGAACUCGAGGCCCAGAGAGAGAACAUCACUUGCCCAGGGUCACACAAGUAGUCAUCAAUCAAAAUAUCAUAAGGCAUUUAUCAAGUGCCUACUAUGAGCAGUGCCCGCCUCAUUUAUGUACACACAAAAUAAGUAAGGUAACAACAGGCAUCAAUAAGAUUCAAACCCAGGCCCUUUGCUUCCCCAGUCCAGACCAUUUUACCCUCUGCCCCCUUGGCUAGUAGAGCACAGGAAGGUCCUGCUUUGUUCUCUGUCAUACCCACAUGCACUAUGAGAGACAAAUUCUUCAAAAGGGUUCCAGAAAUGGUUUUCCUUUUUGUCUCAUCCCUAAACUGAACUUCCCCUAAUCUUCCCCAGCCAUUGACUCAUCACACCAGACUAAGCUGCUCUGCUCCCAAGACUGGUCUUUCAUCUCAUUAAAUUGCUUUGGUUCCAACCCCAAGCUCCAGCCCUGGUGUCCUGUUUGGCUUCCUCUACUGUCUCAUUGACACGACUGUCUGCUACUGGUUAUGACCUCUAGUUAUAACUUUAGAAUUUUAAAAAAACAUAAUACUGAUUUUUUAAUUUGUUCUUUCAUCACCCACAUUCCCCCCUCCCCCCACCUCGCAGAGAGCCAUCCUCUGUAACAAAGAAUAAAAGAGGAAGAAAAACCAGUGCUACAAAGUCACCCGGCCAAUCAAAAAAAGCCUAACAUUAUAUGCAGCAUUCUAUACCCAUAGUUUCCAACCUCUGCCCAGAAGUUUCCUGCUUCUAUCAAUUCUGAGGGCCAAGCUUAGUCACCGUCAUUUUUCCGCCUUUGGCUUUGAUUCUAACAAUAGGAUUUACACUAAAUGACUGAUCGCUUCAGCCCUGAUCCAAAGGGCCCUACUUUAUAACAAAAACAAUAUAUAAAGAAUCAAGUGUUUUAAUAUGACUGAUCAUGUUGAAUGCAUUGAGAACUAAUGCAGAUGAGCAAAACCACCACAAAAGAACUUAUCUUUCAGCUAAGUAUGCCUUCCCAUCCUUGUCACUGAUAUAUGUGUAUAUAUAAUAUAUUCAUGUGUGUAUAUACAUACUAUAUAUAUGUAUAUAUAUAUGCACAUAUAUUUCUAAACAGUUGCUUUUAGCAAAAAUGUUCUCUUCCUACAUGGAUUUGCUAUCUCAUAAUGGCAUUUUAUCUCUGAGUCAUCCAAGAUCUAAAUUUGCCUUUUUAAUUAUUGUGUGUCCUUUAUGAAGCUAAUAACUAUUUUAGGUUGUUAGGAGUUAUAAAAAUAUAGGGUGUAACUGUAUCCUUUAUCCUUCAAAGGAUUUGAAUGCUUUCUAGACUAUGUGCUUGACUUUUUGUCUGUUUGGAGUGAGGAGCUUAGAGCUAUGAUUUCACCAGUGUGAGGAACUCCCAGUGUAAGAACUCCCUCCACCAAUACACAUCAGCACCACCAUAUCGUUUAUGGUUUUUGAGAGUUACUUAGAGCACCGAGAAAGCAAAUGACUUGCUCAGGAUGACAAAGCCAGUCUAUGUCAGAGUUAGGACUUAAACUCACAUCUUUGAGACCCUCAAGGGUUGCCUUUGACCCAUGAGUCUGAAACCACCUCAUGAAGUCACCACCUUAAAACCAAAAUAGACAAAAUCAUAGAAUAACCAUAGAAGUUUCUCAGUUCUGGAAAAGAUAUUACUUUUUCCAGAUAAACUGCUGGUUUUUUUAGUUUUGUUGAUGGUACUUUUAGCAAGCUCCUGAAUCCAUUGGGCGAUUGGUUAGAUUUCUAGUGAACCCCAUUGUGUAGUGAUGACUGUAGAGAUGAUACAUUCUGGGAACCCCCUUUCCUUAAUUAUCCAGGUAUCAGUGAACAAGUUGAACACAAGUGUAAUAGGAACUGUGUAUUUAAAUGGAAAAUUUCUAUUUCUGAAUAUGUAAGAUCUUAUUAUAGGCUUGCAUCUCUACAGUCAAUCCUCCCCAUCCCCCCCCCCGAAAAAACUGCAACAACUCACCAUAUGUUCCGUAACCAAGACAUCCAAUGUGUAGUUGGCUUUCUGAAUCCAACUUAAAGACGUGAGGGAGAACACGGAUCUUUCUCCUGACAACCAACCCUAAGGGACUCUCAUGACUGAUUUAGAACCAUGUCAAGAAACUCCUCGUGGGAGGGAGCAUGCCUCGGGCUUGGUUUUCUGUGGCCAUAUUGUCUCCAGCACCCCCUCCUGAUAAGGACAUGUGGCUGUUCACUCGUCACUGAGACUCAUCACCUUAAAAAACAGGUUCUCCUUAUGAUUUGGACUUUUUUUAGGGUGAUAUGCUAACACUUCCCUUGUAUGUGAACAGCUCCUAGAUUUAGAAGCAUUCUUUUUCUAGGGCUUUGUGGUGCCUGCAGAAUCAUCAUGCUACUGGAACAGCAUUGUGUGAAGAAGGGAUAAAACAGCUCUGUUAUUUUAUUCCAGGACGAGACCUAAGAGUUGAAUUUAAGUGGUAACGUCCCCAUCAUCAUGCCAAGGAAAUAGCCAAAGCAGACUUUAAGGGAUGUAGGAUAAAAAAUAGGGCUCAAGCUAUUUUGUGUUAUGGACUUCCUGGACAGUCUGGGGAAACUUAGGGACCCCUUCUCAGAACCAUGUUUUGACAUGCUUCAAAUAAAAUACAUAGGAAUACAAAGGAAACCAGUCAUAUGGAAAUAGUUAACAAAACUUUCACAGAUUUCAGGUUAAGAAACUAUGCUAUGAAAGGAUGCCCUGAUGGCUCUGGGCUCUCAUCCCUGUGGUCCAUAUCAGAGUCCAUUCAUGCUUUGUUCCCCAUGUGAUUCUUGUCUGUGCCUUCCUAAUGGGCCUCCUCCCAGAUCUCUUGAUGUUGGAUGUAUGCCCUGAGAUCAUGGAGGCUGUCCACCAGUCAUCCCUGUCUCUUACUGCAUGACCAGCCCACCUUCUUUCCAUUUGUGCUUCUGUCUGAUGACACCGUUCAUGCUAUUCCUUUAUAAAAGGCAAAACCUUUACAUAGAAAAGGAAGGCAUUUUCCAUAUUGUUGUCCUACAAACCAUUUAUUCAGUGUUCCACCAGAGUUAAUAGGAGCAUCGAGGUCCAGAGAACAGCAUUGUGAGCUCUUGGACACCCUGAGGACAAUCCUGGUCCUUACUUGUUUUUCCCAAGGUAGCAUAUGCAAAGUUGGAGCUAGGACUUAUGCAAAUUGUUUGCAUCUUAAAAAUCUAGCUAAUCCUCCUAUAACUGACACCCAUGUUUACUUAGAUUGUUACAAAUCUCGAUGACCUCCAAGGCCCCUUCAAGUUGUGAAUCAAGAAUCCCAAGAUGCUCUACUGUGUGUUCUCAAGAGAGAUUGCUCCCAAAUGGGUCCCAAUACCAUGAAAAUGAAAUAUCUUUGAAAGGGAAAACAAAUAUCUGUGUAUAUGUAUGUCUGUAUGUCUACAUAUAUACGUUUGAGUAUAGGUAUACACUAAAAAAAUACCAAUUCUAGGCCACACUCAAGUUUGGAGAGGAAAUAGGCUAGUGGUAAAGUAUAAUACUGAAAGUGGAAACUAUGGAAACUCAUGGUUAGUUUCUUCACACAUGCUUAGUUUGAUGUUCUUUUUUGUUCCUUCAGUAGAUGGGAGCCCCUUGGAGGGAAAUGCUGUUUUUAGUCUUUAUCUUUGUAUGCUCCAGUGCUCAACACAAUGCCUUGCACAUAGCACAUGAUUAAUAAAUGUCUGUUGAAUUGAAUUGUUGUUGAAUUUUAAGAACAAGAACAGUCACUGCUCUCUGCAGUAAUAAAAAAUUAUAAAAUGGACUCUCUGAAAAAGGCCAGGGAAGAAAGAAAUAUAGAUUUCCUUAAAUUAGGAACCAGCUCAAGAACAAAACAGUCACAAGUCUUCAGCUAUUUUUAACUUUGAUUAUAGUUUUCAUUGAGUUUCCAGGGAUAUAUGAGGGCAUGUUUAUAUGUCACAACAUCAGCAUCCAGAAAGAACAGUAGAUAUAUUAUGAAUUGAAUCUUUGUUUACAUAUUGAUUACAAAAGGAAAGUAUUUGGGAAAGUCAGUUUCAUUUAGGAAAGCAGAAGAAUGCCCAAAAUGAAAAUGUGUCAUCUAGAACUAAAUAUCACCAUUCAAAAACUUUAUUAAAAAAGUAGUGAAUUUAUAUGGAUUUUACAUGCCUUAUUUGAACAUGGUCAAAACAGUUAAGGUUUCCAUUCUACUCACCUUUAAGGUGAGUUAUUCCCCCACUUUGGGCCCCCACUUAUGAAAAUAAUGACAUGUUUUUAAUAUUUCUGAAUGAUCUCUGCUAUAACAUCACAUCCAAUUUAACUCAUGUCCAUUAUCCACAUGUACAAAAUAUAUCCAGGUCAUGUGAAAUUGAUCCUUCCAUUAGAAGUGGCAGAUUUCUUGUCAAGGGGUUUUCCCAUGGAUUUGAUGUCCUGCUGACUUUGAUGCAAAAAUCAGACCAAAAGAGGGCAGCUAGGUGGUGCAGUGGAUAGAGCACCGGACCUGGAGUCAGGAGUACCUGAGUUCAAAUCCGGCCUCAGGCAAUUGACACUUACUAGCUGUGUGAUCCUGGGCAAGUUACUUACCCCAAUUACCUCAUUAAAAAAAAAAUCAGACCAAAAGGAAGUAUCAUCAACAGGAAAGGCAGAGAGGAAAGUCAUUUGUCAUUUGUGAAAGUCAUUUGUUUAUUUAUGGACUCCCAAAGAGUCCAUGUUGUUGGCAUCAGCACAAAAUUAAACAUAGUCUGUCCCUACAUACGUGGAGUCUCUGUCAUAAUGGAGCAGACUGGAGACUCAAUUGCUCCCAGUCAUGUUCAUCCAUAGCCUGGGUUCUUCCAGCCUCAGAAGGUGAUGGGAUGGGCUAGGCAUGACAGCAGAGCCCAUGUGGCUUCUCUCACUGCUGUGGCUCACUCACCUGGACAGCUACUCUGCUGAAGGACCUCCCUCCUCUCCAGGGAAAUCUCUCUAGUGGACAGCCAUCAUAGGAUCACAGACUUAGGACAGAAGGGGACCAAGGUCGGCAUCCAGUCCAACCCCUUCAUUUUACAGAUGAGGAAAAUAGACCCAGAGAGGUUAUGUCUUAUCCAAGGUCACACAGCCAGUUGGUGGCAUAGAAGGGUCCUGAACACGGGUCCUUGGAUUCCAGAAUCAUGUCAUAUUCUACAGAAAUGCACUCCCCUCCUCUCUUUUCUCCUCUGGGUCAACUUGUACUAUGAAAAGGAAUGUGGAGGUAGGCCUGUCCCUUCUUCUGCACCAGAUAUUUUCUAGAGAAAAGAUGGGAAGACUAUGAGGGAUGGAAACAGUUCUGCAUGACUCAUUUUUCUUUGGUUCCAUAGAAAGUGAGAUGAGAGACAGGGAUGAGAUUAAUCAUCAGUGUUUCCCUGGAUUUCUCAUUGGUCAGUAAUAUAGAGACAGUAAGAAUGCCAUAUAUAUGUAUUCCAGUAGCUUUCAAGGAAAAUGUUUAAUGUGUGGUUAGGCAUAUUUGCCAAAUUCUCAAUUUUUGUUUAUUUAGGUGGUGAAUCAUAGGAACAUAGAUUUAAAGAUGAAAUGGACAGGUCUAUAGAAAGGGUCUUUCCUGGGGCCCCUCAGUAUUAGAAAUCAGUCUUUUUUUCUCUCCUAUCCAAGGCUCUUUCCACUGUUCCAAAUAUUUGCCUUGCUUCCUCUCAUUACACUUCAUUACCAAGACACAUUUUAAAUAAAUAAACAAGAGUUGCUAUUUUUAUGAGACUUGUAUGUUCUUUUCUCUCUUCUCCUUUUUUUAAUUGCAAGCACGACACUUCUGGGCUUCAGUUUCCUUGUCUGCAAAAUGUCAAGUUUGAAUUAAAUGAUCUUAAAAGUCUAUUACAGGGGGCGGCUAGGUGGCGCAGUAGAUAGAGCACCGGCCCUGGAGUCAGGAGGACCUGAGUUCAAAUCCGGCCUCAGGCACUUGACACUUACUACUUGUGUGACCCUGGGCAAGUCACUUAACCCCCAUUGCCCCGCCAAAAAAAAUCUGUUACAGUUUUGUUUUGUGAUUAUAUAUUUUAGACCAUUUUCUGGACUUCCCUUGUGCACAGGACAAAUGCUUAUUAAAAUAUCCAUCAUUUGCUUUGAUUAUACAAAGUAAGAGAGUCAAGGAGCCAAGGAGAUCAAUGCUUUUCUUGAGUAGGACAUUGUAGCUUCAAUGUAUGAAUGUCUGGGAAAUUACUUUUAGCAUAGGUUCUAGUACACAGUAGGUGCUUAAUACAUGCUUGUUCAAUUCAACUGAAUUUUCUCAUCUUUAUGCACCAUGGAGUAGGGUCUGUUAUUGGUCAAGUAUGGAAAUCAUUUGGAAGAAUGCAUUUUCAAGCUGUCCAAAGACUAUCAAUCACUUCCCUUAGGGCCAUGGAGUAAAGAAAUAUGAAGGUUCCCCCUACCCCCUUUGAAGAAUAGUUGGCAGUUACUAUUUAAGUCCAGGAUAACCAUUUGCACUUCUCAAAUCUUCCUCUUAAAUCUUCAAUUUCUCUAAUUUUGCAUCCUAAGAAUGGAACUAAACAAUGCCUGUCUUUCAUUUGGAAGCCAUUAUAGCCUUCCUCCCAGGCCUCUUCUGUCAGAUCCACAAUCUGAGCUUACUUAGCUACUGCCUAGUAGACAUACACAUUCACUGGCCUGGACAUGGUCUGGUAUCCAGCUCCCCACCAAGGCUAUCUAAAAUAUUUUCAUGAAAGUAACAGAAAGGCUUCCCACUUUGGAGUGAGUAGUGUUAGGUUUGAAGCUCAGCAGUCACUUAAAUGCUUAUCCUCAUCCAUAAAAUGGGGGGUUGGGGGCAGCUAAGUGGCACAGUGGUUAGAGCACUGGCCUUGGAUUCAGGAGGACCUGAGUUCAAAUCUGGCCUCAGACACUUGACACUUACUAGCUGUGUAACCCUGGGCAAGUCACUUAACCCUCAUUGCCCUGCAAAAACAAAACAAAACAAAAACAAAAGCAAAAAAAAAAAAAAAGCAAAAUAGGGGGGUUGGAUGAUCCAUUCAGUAGAUUGUAAGGUCCUUGAGGGCACAGGCUCUUUGGGGCUCUUUUAUCUCCAUAUACACAUGCUAUUUACAUGAACCUUUACGUCAAUGCCUGGUAUGUAGCCAACACUUAAUAAGUGCUUUUUGAAUUACCAGAUGUAUAUUACCCAAUCCCUUUCACAACCUAUUCACAGUGCCAGAAUCUGGAAUUCAAGAUCAUUUUCAUGAGGACCAGGAAUUCUUUAUCAUUAUAUCCAAAUCAGAGCGAAUUCAAAGAAAAUCAAAUUCCUUUCUAAUUUGAUCGUAUCUAAAGGUAGAUGGAGUCCAAUUUUAGGAGAAAUUAGAACAGAAACCAUACAUCCUUAGGCAGUGGGAGCAUUCUCAAGAAGUUCUAAUAUCUUCACCAGGCCAAUUUUCUAAUAUUCAGUAGUUGAAGUUUCAGGAUCAAGAAGCAUCUUUAGCAUUUUCUGUUUAUAAGAAUGAAAACGAAUAGAUUUUUUUUUGGUCUCUGAAUUUUAAAUACUUGAAACAAUAGUUUGUUGUAGUUCAGCCUUUUCAGGGUCAUCAGCCUAUGUUCAGGGUAGGAAGUUGCACAGCUCUGUGCCCGAGACUUUCCUGCAAAGCCUCUCUGACACAUUGGACAGUGCAUCAAAAACCAGGUUGGCCAGGAGAACACCAAUAAAACCUUGGGGCAACCUCACUACUCUUGUUACUCGUCAGAGGGUUUUAUAAAGAUUAUUCUACAUUUGUCUCUAAGAGACAAUCUGAAAAAGAAAAACUGACGUCAAUCUGCCAUCACAUUCACUGUAGCCCAUUGUAGAGUGGAUGGCCAUGCUUGGUCCCACCAUAAUAGGGAACUCUGACCCUUCCUUUCCCAUUGUAUUCCAGUUAGAUGUAGAGGUGUUCCACCUAACUCCCUGUGUUUGUGCAAUUUCAGAUACUAUAUUAUUGUAUCCAAAACAAUGGACUACUGAAAUUUCAGCCUCAGUAAUAUGAUUCCAAUGAAAAUAAACCCAUUAAAGUUACCUGACUUUACA